AUGGAUCCAAGGGAAGCCUCACCAGUUCCAUUGGUACCUGAGGAAGCUACUGACACAGGACCUCCAAUACCUAUUGUUUCUUCACUAGAGAUCUCUGGGGAGCAGGGGAUGAGACACGCAGUUCAGUUGCUGACUAGGAUGAGAUCUAGAGGACCUGAUGCUCCGCCAGCAAAGUGGGAGGACUUCUCUGAGGCCUUCCUUGCCCACUAUUUGCCACGGGAAGUUCGAGAAGCCCUUCUUGACCAGUUUAUCAAUCUGAAGCAAGGAACCAUGAGUGUGAUGGAUUAUAGCCACAGGUUUAAUUCUUUGGCAAGAUAUGCACCAGAUAUUGUACGUACUAUGAGAGCCAGAGUUCAUCGUUAUGUUGAUGGUUUGGCAGAUCAUUUGAUCAGAGAUUGUAGGGUAGCACCUCUAUCAGAUGAUGUAGAUAUUUCCCGUAUACAAGCUUUCGCUCAGACUACGGAGGACCUUUCUAAACGGAUUCAUGAUACCCGCAGGGAUAAGGAGCAGAGUAAGAGGGCCCGUACUAUGGGGUCUUAUAGGAAGCCACAUGGUGAUUUUAGUCCCCCUUUCCAUCGAUAUCCACCUCGGCCAGCGGGUAGUGUCUCACACCAGGUCAGAGCUCAGGCCAGCCUGAAGGUCGUCGAUAGGAUCAUUUCAUACAGAUGUGAUCUAGCUCAGCCUUCAGGAUCCACAUCAACAUCUUUACCCUCAGUCCGUGCCCCACGACCAAGACCACAGUCUACUCAGGGUCGUGGUAGAGGGAGAGGUGAAGGAGAUACAGGUUCGAGCGGUGGUCAGAAUAACCUUUAUGCACUCACAGGACAACAGCAUUCAGAGGCAUCCCCUGAUGUUGUUGCAGCUUGCUAUGCUAAUAUUGAUUAUUGUGCAAAGAUAGUCCGAUUUUACUUUCCAAUUGAGCCAGUCCUUGAGUGGAUGGGUAAUGCAGCCACACCUAAGGACUUCCUUCCUGAUACGCAACCUAUAUUGAUUCCUUCCUAUAGAAUGGCACCUACAGAACUAACAGAAUUGAAGAAACAACUGAAAGACUUGCUCGAUAAAGGCUUUAUCAGGCCAAGUACUUCCCCAUGGGGUGCCCCAAUUGACUUGCGGUCUGGUUACCAUCAGUUGCGAGUCAGGGAAGUUGAUAUCCCAAAAGCAGCAUUUAGGAUGAGGUAUGGCCAUUUUGAGUUCCUUGUCAUGUCUUUUGGGCUUAAAAAUACCCCAGCAACUUUUAUGGAUCUUAUGAAUCGGGUCUUCAAACCAUUCUUGGAUGAAUUUGUGAUUGUGUUUAUUGAUGAUAUUCUUAUAUAUUCACAGUCGGAAGCAAAGUAUGCAGACCACUUGCGAGUUGUAUCACAGACUCUCUAA